AUAUUCUGUGUCUUUUGACUUCUUUGGGCGCAUAUGCAGAAGACCAUUUAGUUCAUACGGAUUUCAAAUUAAGUAAAGAUGACUUUGAAUUUUAUUUUGUGUGUUUAUUUUUUACGUUUUGUGUGCGCUGCAGAGCAAACUACGUAUGAAGACACAAUUCGAAUUGUGAUUCGAUCAGAGGAAAUGUUUUUGGAUGAUAUAACACAAUCACUGGAGAGCUUUGACUUCCAUUUUGAUAGCAGGAUCAAUGACAACCUCGUUAUAUUUGAAAAGACAACAAACGACUCGAAAAAUUACCAACUAACUUCAACUGAACUGACGGAUCUCCGACAAUCAAAUACGCACAUUCAACAACUCGCCCAGAGCUAUAUUUUGUACCCGGAAUCGAAAGUAAUAGCGAAGGCGACUGCAUAUGAAAGCGAGGAGCAACAAAGUUCAACAUCAACGAAAAUGCCCUCUAACUCCAUGAAGUUGUGUCCACCCUUUUUCGACCUAGGCCUUGAAAUUGACACCUCCUGGAGGGAGCAUAAUGCCAGUGGGAGAGGCAUUGUUGUUGGCGUUACGGAUGUCGGAGUAAAUACGAACAAUGUAUAUUUAAAAGACAAUAUAAACUUAGAUUUAUCUUACAACUUUGUUGACGAUACUCCAUACACAUUUCCUACGAUAUUGCCAGGGAUAUUCGAAUCAUCGGUGAUAACAAACCACGGUAACGCUUGUGCUGGACUUAUCGCUCGUCCCAAAACAGACGACGUAUGCACUCCUUGUGGGUUAGGGGUGGCUUAUAACGCAAAAGUUGCAGAUUUACAAAUUGCGAAGAUCCAAGAAGCAUAUUGGAUGUUCCCAUACAUAGACUCUGCAAUAUACGCCAAAGCUCUGGCCCACAAACCUGACGCUAUUCAUAUUUAUUCAAACAGCUGGGCACCAAAGCAUCCGUUCAAUAAAUCGCAAUUUUAUGAAGAAGACGUUUUGAAAGAUGGAUUAACAUUCGGUCGAAAAGGACUAGGAUCAGUGUACGUCUUUCCUGCUGGGCAACCCGGUUCUGGGUUGGUCAAUUACAUCGGUAGCAUACCAGUGGCUUGUUUGGAUGUCAAUGGGUCCGUCGCAGACGUCAGCCAUGUAAAUGCAGCAACACUUGUCUCCGUCUUUUGCAACGGCAGAAGAAGAUUUGAUGAUAAGAUGGUAACAGUUGGACAUGAUGACAAAAGAUGCUUUACGGCAUUUGGUGGUGAAUCAGCGGGUACUGCCAUUGUUUCUGGAAUGAUCGCCCUAUUGUUAGAGACAAGCUGGAGUCUAUCCGUCAGAGACAUUACACAUAUUUUGGUCGAAUCUAGUAGAUAUAAUGGAAUAGAAGCUUCGUCAGAAUUCCUUAGCAACGGCGCUGGAAAACAUUAUCAUCCAAGAUUGGGUUUUGGUUAUCCUAGCAACUCUGAAAUGAUCCGGAUCGGGAAGAAGUGGAAUCGUUUACCCCCUUUAUGUUCAAGAACUCUUGAUUUUUCAAAAGACUCCUUCCAAAACAAAUCAGCUAAUUGGUACGUGCGCGUUUUGUACGACAAUACUUUCUGCGAUACAUCACCAUGCAUAGAGAAGAUGGAAGAGGUUUUGUUUGAAAUUGUAUUCGUUUAUUCAGAGCAACAUCACAUGAAACUUUGGGCUAAAUCUCCUAGUGGUACUGUAUCAGAGUUAGCCAGUAUCGAACCAAGGAGGAAAGGGGUCGACGCAAAGGGAGUUACCGCAACAUUUCGGUCCAAUCACUUUUGGGGAGAGGACAGCGAAGGUCGCUGGCAUCUUUAUAUCGGAUGUAAUUUUUCCAAAGAGACUGAAAAUCAAUAUUACAAAUGUCAUGUAGUUUCUGCUCGUUUAAUUCUUUACGGUACAAUUGAAGACAGAACAUCGAUUUACAAAUGCGACGCAGAUGCAGGCUCUGAAUUCAUUUAUGAUAAUAUGAUAAAACCAUCAACAUCCGACAUAUCAGAUUCAACAGUGGGGACUACAAAAUUACCACCGGAAACAACAUCUACAACAGGUCCCUCUAAUCAAAUCGACGUGGCAAAAUUAGUUGGAAUCAUUUCGGGUGUGUGUGUAUUUAUCGUUAUUGCAGUAAUAGUAUCUGUCAAAUACCACCUCUGCCAAAUCAUGCUCCAAAAUUAUCUAACGGUGAAAUAUCGUACAUUUGAAGAUGAUGGAAACAACAAAGAAGGAACUGGCGAAUCAAACAUUUCUGUUGAUUUAGAACUGAGUGAAAUUGAAUAAACAAUGAAGAAAAUGACGAGGUACCUAAAGAAGUAACACGAAGACGAAACAACGGAACCAUUGAAUACAGUUAACGACUGCAAAUAAACCAUACCUAAAGAAUAUGAGGAAAACAAUGUUUUGAACAAGUUCAUGGUCUAAAAAUGUAUGCAUAUUUUAAAUUUCAGAGAUGGAAGCCCAUUCAAAGAUAUAGUGGAUUCGAAUAUUUUAGCACUUCAAUACAGCUUUAAAAAGAUAAUAUGUAGAAUUCACCACCAGCAACUUUUUCUUUUAAAGUUAAACAAAAUGCAAAUACAUCAUCAGGCUUAUCACUUGAAAGAACAUAUUUAUACGCGCUUAUACUUUGAUAUAUUAGUCUCCUUAAACAGCUCUUAACCCUGAACGUUAUUAUCAUGUGAUCUUUCAUAAGGAAUGAAAACACAAUUAUAAACCUUCAAAAGCUCAGGUCAAUCUCUUUUGAAUGAACAUGGUCUGUACUUGAAUAUAUAGGCGUAUUGAGAUUUUGUCCGAGAUAAUAGUUGACAGUUAUUAUCUUAAUUCCCAGUUAAAGUAAAAAGAAACAAGAAAAUUUCCGCAAACAAAGUGAGCUUAGCCUAAUCCUGUCAGAAGAGACUUAAAAAGUUUCGAAUUAUUGGGGACUGGUGAUGUUUGUCUAAAUAUAUUUAUACGUCGUUAGGGACGAAUUUCAAAUGCUAACCUUAUGAGCAUUGUAUUCUGACCUUUGAAGUCUCUAUAAAAGUACUUUGCUUCAACUUUAUCUACCUAAGAUAAGAUUAACCUUUUGCGUUUUAUCUUUAUUUAGGAUUGUUGGGAUAAGAGAGAGGUUUGUGCGCAUACACUUUUUUAAAUCCCCAGCAAAUUUACAUUUUACUGACCGUUCCAAGGUGGUACCUUGAUAAACAUACCUAGGUUUUUAUAUAGUAUAUAUGCACUGUGCUGUUUGUGGAUUUUUGUGCUGUUGUUCCAUAUGUCUUGUGUGCGAUUUUUUGUGUGUCUUUUUUGUGUUAUAUGUCUUUGGUGUUUACCCAGUGCCAUUAAUAGGGUUUUAUGUUUAAACUUUUCGCUACUGAGCUUGUUUCUGUAGUUUUUCACAUAAGUAUUUAUAUGAGAUAAUUCUAAAGUAAGUAUUGAAAAGGAUUGAAGAGUUCGUUUGAAAUACUUUUGAAACAUGAAACCAGUUUCUUAAAACUAAACCGGACAUUUAGAACCAUAAUGCGACAAAUCUAGUGUGUUUAUAGAGUUCGUAACCAUACAUGUUAAGCUGGAUAUUGUAUAACUGCUGCUUGUACCCACUUUUUAAAAACCGGAUUCGUUUGCAAGCACUAUCGAUGUAAACUAUAUUGUUGUAUUAGCUUGUUGUAUAAUUUAGCCAUACUAAAAAUAUUUAUUUAUUGUUUUGGUAUGUCGUGUUGGUCGUUGUGUUAAUUCAUUAUGUUCUUACUAUUUAUCACUCUGCACAACUGUAUUGUAGGUUACUAUACAAGUCAAUCAAUGGUAUGUCUAUGUUAUGUUAUGUUAUUAAAAAUAUGCUGUUGCAUGUGUUGUUUAUACGUGGGACAUAUGGCUCCCAUUCAGUGUAUGUUUUGUCUUAGCUUUGAGCUUUUAAAC